AUGUCGGGAGCCGGAGACGAUCCAGCCGCUCUCUUGAAGGUGCCUCGACGCAGCAGAAUUCUGCUUGGACCGGGGACAGCAGCGAAGCGACGUGCUUCCUUGUCGACUGCAACAGCAGCUGGGAUGCUCUACGAUGCGGGAAGCGAUUCCACCGGGAGCACAUCCACCAAAGCAUCCUCGGGAACGCCGGCCAAGCCGAAGGGGAACAAGCUGCAAGAUGCCGGGCCAGGGGUUGCUAAGACUCCGCAAGGGCCUGGCAAGCGUGUUCGUGCAAAGAUGACUCCUCUGCCAAGUGCCGAGAAGACCCCAUCCACCAGCACACCUUUGCCCAAGGCACUCAAGGAUGCCACAGCAACCCCCAGCAAGACACCAAGCAAGAUGCACAUCGAAGAGGCGGCCACCCCGGUAGUCGAAGCCAAGAAGACUUUGCAGUUCGACGAGGGUACGCCUGUCCGGCCUGCUCUCAAGAUGCCAAGUGCUGACAGCCUGCCGGGCCAGAACGAGACCCCGGCUGACGUCAGAUAUGUUCGCCAGCUGCUGGUGACAGCAGAGAGCGACGGUUCGCAGGAGGAGAGCACCGAGGACAUGGAGCUUGCGACCCAGAUAACUAAGGACUUGUCUGAGUUGCAGGUCGACGACACGCUUGUGGACGAAGCCGGGGACGUGGCACCCGAGAAGGGAUCGGUGGCGGAACCGGUAGCCGAGAUUUCAGCGCAAGCCGGUGCCGUGGAAGUGACAGGGCCCGACAAGGCGACCGAGAUGUCCACGCAGGCCGAUGCUCUGGCGGCCGCACGGCCCGAGGCGACCGAGAUGUCCACACAAGCCGGCGAGAAUGAUGCCAUCUCAGAGAAAGCCUUACAGUCCCUGGUUGCGAAGCUUGUUCAGAACAACAAGGAAGUGGCCCAAAUGCUCCUCAGACCCAACACGGUGGACUUCGAAAAGCUGUUAGCAACAGCAGCCCAGCAAAGCAUGCCACCACCAUCCUACAUCCCUGUCAAGCAUGAGCCCAUGGCAAAGGAAGUCAUUGCCAAAGCUUUGUCGGAAGCAGCCACACUCCCAGCCCAGAGUUCGCAAGCAGCCGCACUCCCAGCCCAGAGUUCGCAGGCACCCGCACUCCCAGCCCAGAGUUCAGAGGCACCCGCAGCCGCACUCCCAGCCCAAACUACUGAGACUCCAGGUCCAUCCGAGCCCCCAACACCGACGGACAGCGAUGCAGAGUUGCUGGAGGCCCAGGCAGCAGCGAAGGAAGCAGUGCGACUGAAGAAGAAUCAGCGUGCAAACUGCCCUUUGGCGGUAAUGGAGGCCUAUGGUGAGUGCAUGCUCCCCAACGGACGGAUUGACAAAACGAAGCUGAACCGGCUCUUCGACGAUUGGGCUAGCCAUGGUGAGGAUUGGGGUGAGACUGAGGCCUAUGCCGCAUGGGAAUCCAAGCAGCUGAAUCGGUCGAAGCAGUCCUGCCGAUGGCUGACUCGCAAGGAGCUUCGGGCUUUUGUUCUUCGAGUGUUCGCCGGGGAGGCAAUCGGCGAAUGGAAAUAUCACCCUGACUUUCCCAACGACGAGGAGAUGAAGCUUUACCGAUGCUUUGACAGUGGCAUGGACGAAGACGAGUCCUCGCAUGGCCGCACCGUGGGCUUCAGCCAGCGUGGAGCUGGACCUCAGGGAGGCGCAGGGGCACUCAGGAUCACGGGGCCGGAUGCCGGUGCUGGCGGUGGUGCUCCACCGCAAGAUUCGGCAAUUGUGCAGGCGAACGCAAAUCUUCUCGAGAUCUCGGGAUUCGAGCACAAGCUUGUGCAGGCAGGAUGUGAUAAGAGUCUGGUGAAUGCCCUGACGGAGUCUAUGGCCCACACCAGUGCCAAGAUCUCCGAGGAGCGCCAGAAGCUCGAGGCCGACCUGGGAGACAUCCAGUAA